AUGAGAAGCUCUCAGAUUGAAGAAUCAAUGGCGGCUAAGGGUCCGUUGAAGCUCAAAGUCAAAGGAGGAAAAGGAUCAAAGGGAUCAUCAUCUUCCUCCUCCUCGUCGUCUUCAUCGAAGUAUCAGAUGCUCAAGGAUUGGACCAACUGGUCGUUGAAGAAAGCCAAGGUCGCGACUCAGUAUGGCUUCAUCCCUCUCAUCAUCAUCAUCGGCAUGAACUCCGAUCCAAAACCUGAUCUUUUUCACCUCCUAACUCCCGUUUAA